UUUACAUAAUGGUGACCAUGACAUGACUUAUUAUAUUCCAUAUAUCCAAAUACAUUCAUCCUCCUUAGUCUUAACCAGAGACUUAAACUUUGUGUGAAGUUGUUUCAUUUCUCCCUCUCUAUCUUCUCUUCACCGAUCCAUCACUUCCAAUUCAUAAGCUCAAGUAAUUGACUUCUGAAGCUGAUCUACCACCUUGUGCAUUUUGAAAUUCAGUGGUGAAUUCAGAUCUAAGAAGCUGCAAAGAUGUCUUUUAUUGGUACCCAACAAAAAUGCAAGGCUUGUGAGAAAACGGUUUAUCCCGUUGAUCAGCUUUCUGCUGAUGGAACUUCUUACCAUAAAGCUUGUUUCAGAUGCUCUCACUGCAAAGGAACUUUAAAGCUUAGCAGCUAUUCAUCAAUGGAAGGUGUUCUUUACUGUAAGCCUCAUUUUGAGCAGCUCUUCAAGGAGCAUGGCAACUUUAGCAAGAACAAGAACUUCCAAUCACCUGCAAAGGUAGCUGACGGUACAACCCCUGUGCUGACAAGGACCCCUAGCAAAGCUGCGGGCAUGUUUUCUGGGACCCAAGAAAAGUGUGCUACAUGUGGCAAAACUGCUUAUCCAUUGGAGAAGGUGACAGUAGAAAGCCAGGCCUAUCACAAAUCAUGUUUCAAGUGUUCACACGGUGGUUGUCCUAUAACUCCAUCAAAUUAUGCAGCCCUUGAGGGCAUUUUGUAUUGCAAGCACCAUUUCUCUCAGCUUUUUAAGGAGAAAGGGAGCUACAAUCAUCUUAUCAAGUCUGCAUCAAUCAAACGUGCAGCAGCCUCCGUUCCAGAAUCUUGAAUGUUGGUGCCUUCUAAUUGCCUUUGUUCUGUUUUGAAAGAAGAGGGUAUUUUGAUCUUUCAAGCAAGUGUUUGUUGUAUGUGUGGUUUUCUUUUUCCUUCAUAAUUGUUCCAUCAUUACUUGUCAUUUUUCUGAUGUUUACUUAUACAUGUGUGGUGUGCAAAUCUUGUGUGAUUUAUUUAUCCAGUGCACAUUCAGUACUGACAUGAGAGAUUGACUUGCAAAAUGUAUCUUUCCAAUUUCAUGAUGUAAUUUUCAUUGCAUUUUCUACCGAA